AUGGGGAAAAAUAACUUACCAAAAAACUUUUUUUUUCUUACGGCGGACACGCGCCAGUUAACAUCAUCGUACGUGCGCGCUUCCGACCGUAAACUAAACCAGUGACAAAGAUGGCGGCCUCCGCCGCAUCAGGCAUCGUAGUUCCCCGCAGCUUUCGGCUGCUGGAGGAACUUGAGGAAGGUCAGAAAGGAGGUGGAGACGGUACAGUGAGCUGGGGACUCGAAGAUGAUGACGACAUGACACUAACUCACUGGAAUGGCAUGAUCAUUGGCCCUUCAAAGACUGUCUAUGAAGGCAGGAUAUAUAGUCUGAAAAUAGAAUGUGGAUCCAGAUACCCAGAGUAUCCUCCUCAUGUCCGCUUUGUGAACAAGAUCAACCUGAGCGGCGUUCACAAUUCAAAUGGUGUGGUGGACAUAAAGACACUGACAGCGCUGUGCAGGUGGAAAAACUCCUACAACAUCCGGAUGGUGCUGCAGGAGCUAAGACAGCACAUGAUGAUGAAAGAAAACAACAGGCUUUCCCAGCCGCCUGAAGGCCAGGUGUACAGUAACUGAGGCACCUGCUGCUAUCCCUCCCUGUCAUUCACACACAAACACAUGCAACUCUACCACUUUCAAUCUACACAACCAUCAUGUUAUCAAAGACUCUCGACUCCCACUUCCUCCCUCAGGAGCCUAUCAUUGGACAGAGAGAGGGAUGUGCGCCCAGUCAUCCAUUAAAGUUCACAGUGCAGACCAGACAUACAAAACAAAAAUACUGUACAUCUUACUCAUGUUAUUUUUUUUAAUAUCUUGUGUUCUACAUCCAGAUUGUAAAAUAACACCUGCUGACCUGAGUGUACCAAUUAUGUGCCCGAUUCUUCACAGGUGGUGACAAAUAGUCCCUGUUAUAUGGGUAUUGUGGUGAUGCAUUUGAAUCCACCCAUUACUCGGCAAAAUAAAUCUGCUUCUGUAACCACGAACCAAAAGGUAAAUGUUUGGAUUACUCUGGGUUGUUUUUUUAAACAACAAACCAUAAUGUCUUGCAGUAUGAUUCCCCUCAUAGAGAAGAAAAUGUGCCCCAAACAAUGCUUUGCUUGAUCUCCCAGGCCCCGUUAGUCUCAAAUUUCCCAGUUUACGCAAUCCUGAUGAUGUGAAUUUCACGGGCCUUCCUUAAACAAGUGCAUGUCCGGUACACAGGAAUAAACUGCUACUAGACAUUAGCAAUGUAUGUAUCAACAGGGCACUGACGGCUCAUUACUCAUGUACUCAGACUUGUCUUCUGUGUGCCAUAUGGGUCAUAGCGCUUUGUGAUGGUGAUUGAUUAUUAGCAGCCAGUGGUUGGGAUGGGGGUGGGGGGCUCCAGGUCCUUGUGCUUUCUCUCUUCAGAGAACAGUGCGCUUGGCACCUUUUUAGAAACAACACUGUACUGUGGCCUGUGCUGAGCAGGAGGAUCUGUGAUGUUUUUUUGUUUGUUUGCUGUUUUUGUUUCUUCAGUCUCUGGGCUGACCUGUGUAUACUCCAUGCUGUCUCUUCUCUCAUACAGUGAAUCUAAUCAGGGUGAUGGUGACCUGUUGCAUGGUUUUAUUUUAAUUAAACGUUAUUACUUUUGCA